CCGGCUGUGCUUGUACGAAGAUGGCACGGAGGUGACUGAUGACUAUUUCCCGGGGCUCCCCAACGACGCCGAACUCCUGUUGCUCACUGCUGGCCAGACAUGGCAGGGCUGAAUGUCUUGGUGAGUCCUGUCUUCCUGAGGUUUCCUCCUGCAUUUUCUGCAUCUGUUGGUGUGUCCACAAGACCUUAUUUCUUCAGCUUGUUAACACAGUGGCUCUCACUGAGUUUUGAGUAUGAAGCGGACUUGGAGCCUCACUUGGCUGUGGUCUGUGUUUUUUAGUUGUUGCUGGAUUUUGUUUGCUCUUGUUUAGCUAAGCGCCUCAGGAGAAUACACUUGGUGUCCAGCACUUGCUGGGAAAGCCCCUGUAGCUAGCCACAUGUGGAAAGGGUCCCUGGGAAAGUCGGGAGAGGGAUUGCGAGGCCUGGAAGUUGGGUCCUGAGGGAAUGAGCCAAGGAGGUGACUUAGUGUGGAGGAAGAGAAAGCAUAAGAAGAGCAAGUGCACUAUUCUAGGGCACUGCAAUCCCAUCACUUGACAGGACGUGGCCAGAGGAAUGGAAUUGGCAGCAUCACCCUGUGGAGGAUUUGAGUGUCAAGUGCCAGGGCAAGGGUUGGUGACACCAGAGUCUUCAUUUCUGGCUGUCUCUGGGCUUAAUGGACAGGAGCUUCCUCUUGGGACCAGAGCAACAUGAAUGUGUUUCUGUUUGUCUCGUGGUGGUGGCAGAUGUGAGUGACAUCACCCGCUUCCUCAGUGUGUUUAAUGAGCCACAUGCUGGGGUCAUCCGGGCUGCGCGGCAACUGCUGUCAGAUGAGCGGGCCCCACUGAGGCAGAAGCUGCUGGCUGACCUUCUGCAUCAUGUCAACCAGAACAUCACUGCUGAGACCCGGGGGCAGGACCCAUCCUGGUUUGAAGGUUUGGAGUCUCGAUUCAGGAAUAAGUCUGGCUACCUGAGAUAUAGCUGUGAGAGCAGGAUCCGGGGCUACCUGAGAGAGGUGAGUGCUCACACCUCUGCGGUGGAUGCAGCGGCUCGAGAAGAGUUUGAGCGGGUCCUCAGCUUCAUGUGCCAGAAGCUCAAGUCCGAGAAGUACAAUGGCAGCUACUUCGACCGGGGUGCAGAGGCCAGCGACCGGCUCUGUACUCCGGAAGGCUGGUUCUCCUGCCAGGGCCCCUUUGACCUGGACAGCUGUCUUUCCAAGCACUCCAUCAACCCCUAUGGCAACAGGGAGAGCCGGAUUCUCUUCAGCACCUGGAACCUGGAUCACAUAAUAGAGAAGAAGCGCACCGUGGUGCCCACGCUGGCGGAAGCAGUCCAGGAUGGGAGGGAGGUGAACUGGGAGUACUUCUACAGCCUGCUCUUCACGGCUGAGAACUUGAAGCUGGUGCACAUCGCCUGCCACAAGAAGACCACGCACAAGCUGCAGUGUGACCAUAGUAGGAUCUACCGGCCCCAGGCAGGAUCCAAGAAGAAGCGGCCUGCUCGCAAGCGCCGGUGACACAUGCCAGGCCCUCUGAGGUGAUGCAGUGGUGAUGGGGCUAUUACCCUUACAUUUUGUCACUCUAGAAGGUUCUGGAAAGUCCUUUAAGAGUCUUUCCGACUGAUCUGAGUAUCUUCCCAGUUUGCUUGCCCAGCCUCUGACAGCCCAGUGUGCAGAGGACAGUGCUGGACACUGUGUCCCUGAGGCAGGGUCUUUAUGCUCACAACUCCAGGGCUAAACCUGGCCACUGUGGUAUGGGGCAUGGUGUUCGUUUGUGCCUCAGCUUUUAUGGCCUCCACUACCACUGCAAGCGGCAGCUCUGACUACAUUCCUCUGAAAGAAAUGGUGCUUCUGGGGUAAAUGUUUGCAUUGCAUGACGAACAUGGAGGAUGUUCUCUGCUGAACUGUUUAAGAUGGCAAAAGGUGAGAAGCCUUCCAGAUGUCUCCUGGUGAGAACAGCUGACUUGCAUUAUCUUGAGCCAUGUGAAAUUGCUGUUUUUAAUGGAUUAGCUCUCUGUCAUGAAUCUCACGACUCAACACGGAUACAUGUAUGUAUCACAACUGGAGGAGGUUUGGGCAUAUAUGUAUAGAAAUGUGAAGCUGUUAAAGGCAUGGAUGGCUUCCCUGUGCUGAGAAUGACCUUGAAUCCAUCAUACUCCUGCCUCAUCCCUAGAGCUGGGAUCACAGGUGUGCCCUACCACACCUGGCAUUGGGUUUGUGGAUGUGUCAGUUUGCACAGAGACAGUCUGAGGAAAUGCCACACUGUGAAGGCAGUGAUCUUGGGGUAUUCAGCAAGUGAGAUUUGAUCCAUUUGAUCACUCAUUUCCUACCCCAUCUAUUUUAUAGUACUUGAUUUGUUUUGUUUCGUUCUUUCUUCUGAGAUGGGAUCUCACUAUAUAGCUCUGCCUAGCCUGGAACUAUUAGAUCAGCUUAGCCUCAAACUCAGACUGUUGCCUCUGCCUCCUGAGUGCUGGGAUUAAAGGUGUGUAUUACUAUGCCCAGCCUGAGUUUUGUUUUUAAAAGCAAGUAUAUUUUAUAUGUUUUAUAAUGUUUAGAUUUUUUACAUUUGCCAUACAAUCAGAAAAAUAAAGAUUUUCCAAAAUAGACGUGUCAAAAAGUAUUGAGAAAGGUGGGGCCAAGGGCGCAAUAACAGCAGCCAGUGAUGGAACCAUUGCCCUGGCUGAGUCUGUCUUCACAGCUAUGUGCAGCAGUGUCUCAGGACAGCGGGGUGGAGCUUUCUGAGAACCCUCUGCCUGUCUCACAGUCACGGACGUACACCGUUCACAGUUCACAAUGUGUCAUCUUCCAUGUUUCUGAGGGCUGUCGUUUUCAAGUACCCGGGACGUGUAAAGUCACUGCCCCUGCCAGGAUUGGGCUCUCUGAAGUUUGACACUUGCACGUGUAUGUGUGUGCCUGAGUGCAUGUUAGUGUCCCACAUGCAUGCAGGUGCUGAGGCCAGCAGGAUUGGAUACCCGCAAGAGGAAUUACAGGGGGUUGUAAGCCAUCAUGUGUGUGCUGGAACCCAGUCUGGGUCCUCUGCAGGAGCAUCGGGUGCUCUUAGCAGCUGACCCCUCUUCAGCCCCAAGAUGGACAUUUGUGGCCUUCUGUUACCCACACCCCUACCAGUGUGCAGAGCACCCCUCCAGAUCUGAGGCUCCGUUUCUGCAGCUGGUGAAAUGCAGAAAUCCACAUUUGUUGCAACUGGACAUGAAAAAUAAGCUUUGAGAGAAAGUCACAAGGCUGACCUUGAUAGGACUUGCUUUGCCUGCUUCUGGGCCUUCAGCUGGUCAGUGAUGGAGUGGUGGGUCCAAGUGAGAAGUGUCACAGAUAGGAGUUGUCACCCAAACCCCCAGACUCCCAGGAUAACAUAGGCAGUGAACCCCAGAAAAAAGAAGUGAAUCAGAAAAGUCUGCAGUGGCAGAUGCAUUAUGCUGUCAGCACCGUGACUGAAUCAGAGAGACUGCAGCAGCCCAGGACCUAUGCGUGUUUAGGGAGUCUCAGCUGCACAGGGUGAAUGGCAGAAAGCAAAGGGGUUAGAAGCCAGACUGCUGUGACGUACUGC